AUCACGUACGUUGACGUCUGCACAUGUCCAUCCUCGGCAUCCUCAGACGGUCAUAUAAGCCGCACCGGAACCGUCCGCAUCAAAUAUCAGCCGGGAUAGACAGCAACCCGCUGUUUUGAAGAGGAUUGUCACUGCACCCCGCUUGUUUCUGACCUAACACACAGUGUACAACAUGAAGAGAAUGAUUCUCCAGCUCAGCCGUGGCCUGAGCCGUGCUGCACCUGUUCUCAGUCGGGGCAUCCAUUCUGGAACACGUCCCGCGUCCACUGCUGCUUCCAAAAAGAGGGAAGAACGCCCGCUCACCUCAGAGGAAAUCUAUGCCCGUGAGGACAAAUAUGGAGCACACAACUACCAUCCCCUGCCUGUGGCCUUAGAGAGAGGAGAGGGCGUCCAUGUGUGGGACGUGGAGGGCAGCCGGUAUUAUGACUUCCUCAGCGCUUACAGUGCAGUCAACCAGGGACACUGUCACCCCAAGAUCAUCGCUGCACUCACUGCCCAGGCGUCUAAACUCACCCUGACAUCCAGAGCAUUCUACAACGACGUGCUGGGAGCCUAUGAGGAGUACAUCACCAACUUGUUUGGCUAUGACAAAGUUCUACCCAUGAAUACAGGCGUGGAAGGUGGCGAGACAGCGUGCAAGCUCGCUCGCAAGUGGGCUUACAACGUAAAGGGGGUUCCCAAAAACAAGGCCAAAAUCAUUUUUGCAGAUGGAAACUUCUGGGGCCGCACCAUGGCAGCCAUCUCCAGCUCCACUGACCCCAGCAGCUACGAAGGGUUUGGUCCCUACAUGCCAGGCUUUGAGCUGGUCCCAUACAACGACAUUCCUGCACUGGAGAAAGCCCUCCAAGACCCAAAUGUUGCAGCUUUCAUGGUGGAGCCCAUCCAGGGGGAAGCUGGUGUGGUGGUGCCUGACCAGGGCUACCUGACAAAAAUCCGAGAACUUUGCACAAAACAUAAUGUGUUGUGGAUUGCUGAUGAGGUGCAGACAGGUUUGGCACGUACCGGCCGGCGGUUGGCUGUAGACCACGAGGAAGUCCGUCCAGACCUGGUGAUUCUGGGCAAAGCUCUGUCUGGAGGCGUUUACCCUGUGUCUGCUGUGCUGUGUGAUGAUGGGAUCAUGUUGACCAUCAAGCCUGGAGAACACGGGUCCACGUUUGGAGGGAACCCGGUGGCCUGUCAGGUUGCUAUCGCUGCACUCCAGGUGCUGGAGGAAGAGAAGCUGGCAGAGAAUGCUCAAAAGAUGGGGGAGCUGCUACGGGCUGAACUUCGUAAACUGCCCAAAGACAUUGUGACAGCAGUGAGAGGAAAAGGCCUCCUGAACGCAUUCGUCAUCAAAGAGACCAAAGACUACAACGCCUGGAAGGUGUGCUUGCGUCUUCGUGACAACGGACUCCUGGCCAAGCCCACCCACGGCGACAUCAUCCGCCUGGCCCCUCCCCUCAUCAUCAAAGAGCACGAGCUGCAGGAAUGUGUCGACAUCAUCCAGAGAACCAUCCUGUCCUUCUAAAGUACACCGUUUCUGCAAUUCAACAACAUACCCAUCAAACAAGACAAAAGUCUCUCUAAACAUUUCUAAGUAGCUCUUAUUUAAUAUUAUUUUAUUUUCAGAGGUUUGUUCUCUGGAAGCGGAUGUCUUGAGGGAAUUACUGUAAAAGUACCGUGUGCAAAUAAUGUGAAUGGAGUGUGCUUCUGUGAGGAUACUUUUAUACAGAAAAACUGCUGUAAAGAAAAAGCAUUCCGUUAGAGUGCCUCAGGAAAGACUCCAGCACAGAAAAUAUCAUUUAAUUUACAUUAUCACUGGUGGUAUGUGACAUAGAUGGUAAAUGCGUUGUCUUUAAUUCAAUUUCUGCAGUUUUCAAGAAGGAAGCUGGCAAUUUAGGGUUGCGAAGCUGUAUUUCAAUUUAUUUCAACAAAGACAUGCAGUUACAACCUCUACAGCACUUUACUGCAGUUUAUUUUUGCACAGUUGGUCUACUGAGCUAUUGCUGCCUGCUGGUAUGAACCUUGUGAAUCCACUGUCAAGUAAAAGGUCAGAUUUAUGUGGACUGAAGUUUCUUCAGUUGACCUUGGAGUUUUCAGAUUCCAUAAUUCCAAGAUUUCAUUUAAAAAAAACAUAAUUGGACUCAUAUUUUGCAAUUCUGAAAGUUCAAUCAGUUCUAAUCUGAUGGACCAGACACUGUAGUAGCUGUUUCACUGUAAUUUUACUUAAGUAAUGAUGUGUGUUACGGUAGAAGAAAUGCUGUCAAACAACUGUAUUCUUCGAGAAACUUAAAUCAUGAAGCAGUGAAGAUUAAUCUUUGCUUGUUACAUUAUAUUUUGGUAUAUUUGACUUGGCAGGGGGGGGAGCUCUUUAAACAUGCUACAUAGCGAGUAAUUAUUCUUAGAAAUCAUGCUGCUAGCCAAGGCUGGUUUGGUUUAAAGUUUUUGCUGUAUGUAUUUAAAAAUUGUGUUCUCGCAAUAUCACCUUUCGAGUUGUUACAAAACCCCUUGUUCUUCAAAUAAAUUUUUCCAAUCUUA